AUGGCCGGCGCAAAGAAGAACUUCAAGGCCACGAAGAAGUUCGAGUCGAAGCAUCUGAAGGGCGUCCUCGACCAGCGGAAAGAGAACGCCAAGGUGAAACAGAGGCAACAGCUCAAGGCGAAGAAGCAAGGCCGAAGAUCAAAAGAUGCCGAGUUCUACAAAGGUGCCGAAGAUGGCGAUGCGGCACCCAAGCCCAAGCCAUCCAAGACCGCCAACGUCAAUGACAUGAGUGUGGACGACUUCUUCGGUGGUGGGUUCGAGAUCAUCGAGAAGGCCGAACCAGCCAAGAAGGCAUCGAAGAAGCUGGGCAAGCGCAAACGCGAUGAACCCGAACAGGAAGAUGGGGUUCUGUCCGAUGACGCGAGCGAACUCAAAAUCUCCGACAACGAACAGCCCGUCGCUAGCGAUAGCGAAGAGUCUGGCAAUGAGGACGACGACGACAUUGGUAUGAGCAAAGGUGCCAUGGAUGCGCUCGCCAAGGACGACCCCGAAUUCUACAAGUUCUUGAAGGAAAACGACCCCGAAGCGUUGGAAUUUGACGAUGCCGACUUGGCCGAGGUGGACGAGCUCAGCGAAGGCGAAGAAGAGGAGCGGGAACAGGAACAGCCAAAGAAGAAGCGAAAGAAGGAGAAGAAGCAAGCCAAAGCAGACGAAUCGGACGAGGAAGCCGGACUAGAUAACGAACUCACCCCAGCAAUGGUCGCGCGCUGGAAAGCAGCAAUGUCAGAAAAGUACUCUUUGAGAGCCGCGAGACAAGUCGUGCUGGCGUUCCGAUCUGCGGCACACUUGAAUCACGACGAUGUCGAAGAAGACACGAAGCAGCGAUACACCAUUUCGAGCCCCGAAGUGUUCCACGAUAUAUUGGUUGUUGCGCUCAAGCAAAUACCCGAAGUCUUACAACACCACGUUCCCAUCAAAGAGUCGACAUUUGGCAAGGUCCAAGUGCCAACAGAUUCCAAGAAGUUCAAGCCUUUGUCUACCCUACUGCGUUCCUACAUAUCUGCGAUACUGCACUUGCUUGGCACGUUGUCGGAUGAUGCCACCCUCAAAUUGACUCUUUCGGCUAUAACGCCCGUUGUACCAUACCUCCUGAGCUUUCGGAAACUGCUAAAGAACCUCAUCAAGACUGUGGUGAGCUUCUGGUCACAGUCCACUAGCAGCGACUCGACCCGGAUCACCGCUUUCCUUGCUCUCCGCAGACUAGUUGUUGUUGGCGAUAAGGGCAUCAAAGAAGCUGUGCUGAAGGCGACCUACCAAGGCCUGAUUGCGGGUGCUCGGGUCACGAAUGUCAACACUGUACAGGGUAUCAAUCUGAUGAAGAACUCGGCUGCGGAGCUCUGGGGGCUAGACCAGAAUACUGGCUAUACCACUGCGUUCAGCUUCAUCCGACAACUUGCCAUCCAUCUUCGCAACAGCAUCGUCCACAACCAGAACGAGUCGUACAAGAAGAUCUACAACUGGCAGUACAUCCACUCACUCGACUUUUGGUCAUGCGUGUUGUCGGAACACUGCAACCCUCUCAAGGAGGCCGAGUCUGGGAAGGAGUCUCAACUCAGGCUGCUCAUCUACCCCCUUGUACAAGUUACGCUUGGAGCAAUGCGGCUUAUUCCGACCGCGACUUACUUCCCUCUACGCUUCCACAUGAUCCGAUCGCUUCUUCGUAUCUCCCGAUCAACAGGAACUUACAUCCCGCUAGCUUCUGCUUUGCUAGAGGUCCUGAACUCGGCUGAGAUGAGGAAAUCACCGAAGAAUACCACUCUCAAGCCGCUCGAUUUUCACAUUGCUUACAAAGCGCCAAAGUCGUACCUGCGAACGCGAAUUUAUCAGGAUGGUGUCGGAGAUCAAGUGGUGGAGCUGUUCUGUGAAUACUUUGUCUUAUGGUCAACGAACAUUGCGUUUCCCGAAUUCGCGUUGCCAGUCAUAAUCAUGCUCAAGCGAUGGCUCAAGCAGUCGAGGAAGGGAAGAGCCGGCAAUAACAAUGGCAAGCUCCGUGCGGGUCUCGUUCUGCUUGUUCAGAAGCUCGAGGCGAACGCGAAGUUUGUCGAGGGCAAGCGGGCAAAGGUAGACUUCGCGCCCAAAAACCGAGCACAGGUUGAUGCCUUCCUGAAAGACUUCGAGUGGGAGAAGACCCCGGUUGGAGCAUAUGUAGUCGCCCAGAGGAAAGCUGGUGCCGAGAAGGCCAAGAUGCUGGAAGAGGCAAGGAAUGAAGACGAGCAAAAGCGAAAGCAGGAGGAAGCUGAAGCUCUGGAGGAGAACGCCGCCGCUGAGAUGACGGACGAUGAUGAGGAUAUGGAGGAACUUGACGAGGCAGAGGAGGAAGAAUCGUCGUCGGAAGAUGACGAAUAG